UUAUAUGUCUACGCGACUAUUCGCGGUUAAUGGACGCCUUGUGUGCAAUGUGCCUUCGCCGAUUUCAAACAAUGUGAAUCCCAUGUGACAUCUGCCGCCUUCUGAACGUGUAUGUUUUCCGUCCGCUAAUCGCGUUUUAAGGCGUCGCAGACGCCUAUUGAGCAAGCUUAUCUACUAUAUAACCAAGAAAGCCUGAGGUGCGCGGCAGAUCGACCACGAUGUUGUCUAACACCGACUUGCUUUCCAACUGCGAACGUGACUUCAUCAAGAUCGCAGUGUCUGAAGACAAGCGGGUUGACCAUCGGACUUCCAAGGAAAGCAGGCACGUGCGAGUAUCCUUUGGCCUCGACAGGGGAUGCUGCGUUGCCUCACUCGGUGAUACCAAAGUCAUGGUGCAGGUGUCCGCCGAAAUCAUAGUUCCAAAACCUGGAAGGCCCACAGAAGGUGAACUGUUUGUCAACCUUGAACUGUCGCCGAUGGCAGCACCACACUUCGAAGCAGGUAGACUUGGGGACUACGGUGUCGAAGUUGCUCGCCUCUUGGAGCGCUGCAUUCGCGACUCCCAGUGCAUUGACCUCGAGUCCCUGUGCGUGGUGUCGGGCGAGAAAGUAUGGGCACUUCGAGUCGAUGCGCAGGUGUUAAACCAUCAGGGCAACAUUGUAGAAUGUGCCGGCAUAGCAACGAUUGGCGCACUCAUGCACUUUCGUAGGCCCGACGUCACCGUCAUUGGGACAGAGGUGACCGUCCACAACCCGAGAGACCGGGAACCGGUUCCCCUGCACCUCCACCACUAUCCUUUCCUUGUGUGCUUUGCCUUCUACGACGAUGGAAAGACUGUACUCACUGACCCCACUGAUCUGGAAGAACGGAUUGCCGAGGGCCUUCUGUCCAUAGCUGCAAAUGCCCACGAAGAGAUUUGCUUGCUGCAUCAGCGAGGUUGCACCGUUCGCAAGGAUUUAGUGUUGCUCUGUUCCCGACUGGCCUCGGUUCGUGCUAAAACGCUUGCCACGAUGAUUAAGGCCGAAAUUGCCAAGGAUGAUGAAGGAAGGAUGAAGAACAGGAGGGUUGGCUUUGCCGCUGCCCUUGAAGUUGAUGAGGAUGAACGCUUGACAACGUUGCUGGAGCCAGAAAAUAUCGAAAUUGACGACGCGGAGUCACAGGAAGCCCCUGCGGAAAAACCCACAUCAGCAGUCGAGAUGCCAAAUGUUGUAUCCAAAGCUAAAGUGUUCUUGGAAGGUAUAGGGACGGCAACGAUCGGAAAAGGUGGUCCCAGCAGCUGGGGUGUACUGGAGCAUUCAGAACAGGCAGCAGCCAAAAAUGCUGGAAAGGGCAGCAGAAGAAAGAGGGAACCUGCACUACAAAUGGCAGAAGAGGACAGCAGCAGUGAAGAGGAAGAACUGGUCGUGCUCCAACCUGAAGAUGCAAAGGCAAAACAAAGUGAUAAUAAUGCUGGGGCUGCUGAAGGUGAUACAGUUCGUGGGUGGUAUCCAAAGACCCCAUUCUGAGCUUCAGCCAUCUGUAUAUGUGUGUGUCAUGCAACAGACAGUGUUCUUAAUGGCAGGGAGAAAGGCAGGGUAGGGUUUUUUAUGGUGUCUAGUUUGUAUGCCUCUUUUAAGGGUAUAUAGUUCUUAUGCAGUUUUCCCUAAUGAAUUGAGUGAUUCGGUUGGAAUUGCCUCAUGAUAAUUCAGUGAAGUGGGGGGGGGGGGGGGGGCCUCUAAAAUAUGAAAUGGUUUAUCCGCUUGACAGAGGUGAUGGUGGUAGAUGUGCUUAGAUUUCACGCUUAGUAUCUAAUCUGUAAAAGCAGUUGGGUAAGUGUAACGUAAUAUUUUGUGCAUUUUGAGAAAAAGUUGCAUUGUUACAUAUGUUUUUGUGUGCCUGGCAUGGGAUGUAUGAUUACAUUCAGCAAGCAAUACACCUGGAAAGCGAGAUGACAAAAAUGUGUCAGAAAUGUGUAUCAAUAGCCAUAUAAAAAUUUGUUCAUCUUUAAGGUACGAUAUGAUUAUUUAAUAAAUGAGCCUCAAUAAUAUACUUCAUAUAAUCUAAGGUAAAAAGUGCUGAAGUAUGGUGAGGCUCAGGAUGAGGAGAUGGCAUAUAACAGUAAUGUCGAUGGCAAUGGCCGUUGGCAACAUAACGAAAUGAAUUCGCGUUCGAGAACUCAUUUUCGAGCAAUUUGCUGCUAUCCUCGAGAGAAAAAAAUUAUGAUAACGUAGCAUACGCUGAUUUAUUAAAAAACUGGUGCAUAUA